GGGCUCUUACGUCCGACAGGAAAACGAAAGAAAGGCGAGUAUCUCUAACAAAACGAUGGCUGCAAUCAGGAAGAAACUGGUGAUAGUUGGUGAUGGAGCCUGUGGUAAAACCUGCCUCCUCAUUGUGUUCAGCAAAGAUCAGUUCCCCGAGGUUUAUGUGCCCACUGUGUUUGAAAACUACGUGGCCGAUAUUGAGGUGGAUGGUAAACAGGUGGAGCUGGCUCUUUGGGAUACAGCAGGUCAAGAGGACUACGACCGACUGAGGCCUCUCUCCUACCCAGACACAGACGUCAUCCUCAUGUGUUUCUCCAUCGACAGCCCAGACAGUUUAGAGAAUAUUCCAGAGAAGUGGACUCCUGAGGUCAAGCACUUCUGUCCCAACGUGCCCAUUAUUCUGGUGGGAAACAAGAAAGACCUGCGAAACGACGAGCACACACGUCGAGAGCUGGCCAAGAUGAAACAGGAACCAGUGAAGUCAGACGAGGCGAGGGACAUGGCGAACCGAAUCAACGCCUUUGGUUACUUAGAGUGCUCGGCCAAGACGAAGGAUGGCGUGAGGGAGGUAUUCGAGAUGGCCACCAGGGCGGCGCUGCAGGCCAAGAGACGAGGCAAGAAGAGCGGCUGCCUUCUUCUAUAGAGUGUGAGGUAACACAUGAGCGGGAGGGAUGGGGGAAAUAAACAAGGCCAAGAAAAACACCCCCACUGUGUCUGCUUCAUCACCACGGUGGGCACGGUUGAACGUGGAGUUACAGGGAUGAGGGAGAAGAAGUGUAACCGGGCCAAAGGAAAAAAAAAAAACAGGAAGCUCAAAUGUAAUGGAAAAUGGGAAAAUAUAUACAUUUAAGUUCAAGGUUAUAGCUUUUAGCUUUCAGAUAAAAAUACUGUAAUCUUGUGUUUAGAAACCUUAAAUUAAGAGAACAUGAAGAGAAGGGAGUAUCUCUCUCACUCAUACUUUUAAAGGUGAGGUAGGGUUUGUCCUGUAAGGAGGUUUCAGGUCUCUGAAUGGAGUACAGUGGUCUCCUCAGUCCCUGAGACCAGCUCCAGAUGAGACCAGGGGUCAGACAGACGUAUGCCGGUGGCCUGCAGUGUGACUGUGUCUCUCAGUGUUGUCCUCUCAUUCUAUAGGUUUUCAUUCUCCUUUAUUUCUAAAGUUUGACCAAAUUAACUUUCUAUGGAGCGAGCGCUUCUCUUUUUUAUCAACCUGUAAUAUUUGAUACCGUUUUCAUUCAUUUAAAAAGCUGUGUUUUAUUAUUUACAGUUGAGCAUGAAUACAUGAUGUAAUGAGACCAACUUAUGUGUGUUUUAUACAAACUUCAUCAUUAAUACAACACUUAAAAAAUGAAGUUGAUUGAGAUUAACCUUCAAGUCAGAAAACUGUGAUUGAAUUAAAUCAAUGUGGACUGUCAAACACACUGUACACAGCUGGGUAUGAAAGGGUUAACAAAACUUACUAUAAAUCAGUAGUGGAGCCUUAAUUUAAUUAAGCUACAGCUGAUUAUCCCUGUUUUAUACAAAUAUUUCAUCAUAUAUCGGGAAGAAUCCUCUGAUCAGUUUUAAUUUGCUGUUGAUGCAAACUGAACACCUCCUCCAUGUCCACCUGACUAAUUCAGUACAGUGUACAUGUCUACAGCACAGUCACGUUUCUCUUUUUAACAUAAAUACUGUUUUCACUCACUCAUUUGUUUCAGCAACUUAAAAUCAGUAGUUUUUUUUUUUAAAGAUACACUUCCUUGUUAGCAGCAGGCUUUUAAUUUGAAACAUUUGCAGGAAUGUUGGUAACACUUCAGGCUGUGAACGCCCCCUAACAGAAACUGUUUGCACCAAAUCAUUUUGAAAAAGCAGUGGCCAACUAGGAAACUCCAACUCAGUCAUGUGGCAUUCAGCUGACUAAUGGUGGAACUAUGAUCAGUCAGUCAGUCAGUAAUUAUUGGCUGGCCCUGCUGUUCCUGUCCAGCCUAAAUAAAUGCAGCGUGGAAGUGACUGAAAACAGUAUUUCUACUCGGAGGAACAAUGUAGUGAUUCUGUGUUAAUGACAUCAUAAUACAAGUGACUCCUCCCCCUCUCAGUUGUGAUUUAUUCUGCAAAUGUUAAACACUCUCCCAUUAUUUAAGUAACAGACUUAGUUUGAGAAUUCAUGAUAGACCAGGAUAUACCUGUAUACACCUAUAUACACCUGCAUACCUGCCAGGAUGUUACUGUCGAGUUUUGUUUCCUCUCAGUUCACUCAUGUCUACAACUGUUCUUCUUUUGCUUUGUACUCUAUUCUAUGUUAUGUUAACUUUGUGAUAUUCUACUGGCUUACCUUGUAUUAUUUGCACACAACUAAAAACAAAAGGUCAGUGUGGUAAACACUUAUAAAAAUUAUGAUGUCAGAUUAUGAAAUACAAGAUGCAAGCGACUCCUUGAUGAUUGGUUCUUUGUAAGAGGAAGAUUCUUUUGUACACAAAUGUAUCCUCACAUUUCUCCACUUGUCUUUUUUAAUGUAUUCUAAAGGAAAUAAACUGUAACAGAACGA